UGGCAAAACAACAAACAACGGGACACACACAGAUGCUAACUCUACACUAAAAGUUAAAAAACUAAAUAAAAAAUAAGCAAGAACAAAUAUAAUGGAUUUCGAAAAGAAUAAUUUCCUAUCAUUUCUGUAUGGCUUGAAAUCAAUAAUUAAGUAUGAUCAGUGGCUAAUAAUAUUAUCGCAUAUUGACCUCAAAACAAUUAUUGUGAUUGCUUCACUGAUCUUUCUUUGUGGUUUCCUGUAUUGGUUAGCCUUUGUGCCUCUCAGUUGGAUUAAGGAUAUAGAUCAAACUGGAAGAGGUAUAAAAAGCAACGGAAAAAGGGCGGCAAUCAAUCGAUUAAGAAAAUCGCGAACGAUUGGGGUAAAAGAGUUACCUCCGCCUUACCCGAACGGGUGGUAUGGAAUUCUCGAAUCUUCUAAUCUGAGUCCCGGUGAAUCAACACAUGUAUCCUGCCUAGGAGAACAGUUCGCCGUAUUUCGGACUCUCCAAAAUGAAGUAUUUGUUGUGGACGCAUAUUGCCCACACCUGGGAGCUAAUUUGGGCAUUGGUGGCCGAGUUGUUGGGGACAAUAUCGAAUGUCCCUUUCACCACUGGAGAUUUCGGGGAACUGAUGGAGUGUGUACCAGCAUCCCUUACAGCACUUGCGUACCUCCGGCCACAAAAAUUAAGAAAUGGAUUUCCAAAGAAGCGCAUGGAUACAUAUUUGUAUGGUAUAGUGCAGAAGCUUCUGAAUUGCCUUGGGAUAUUCCAGAAUCAAAGGAGGUGGAAAACAAAACAAUAGUUUACCAAGGUCGCAAUGAGUUCCACGUACGCUGCCAUAUUCAGGAGAUACCGGAAAAUGGAGCUGACCUGGCACACUUCCGGGCAAUUCACAAUGAUAAUAUUAUCACUGGUACCUCUGAUCAGAAGCACAGUAUAUUCAGCUGGCUCGGAUAUCAUCAGUGGCAGGCAAGUUGGAGCCCAUCGGAAGCUAAGCACAUAGGUGAAAUACAGAUGAGCCAUGUGUUUGAAUUAUUUGGAAAGUUUAAAUGCUUUCAAAUGACUAUAAUCGGAAAACAGAUUGGACCCGCAUACGUUCAUCUCACUUUGCACUCACCAUCGAUCGGAAGCUUUCAAAUAUUUCAAACAGUUACUCCAGUAGAGCCUUUGUUACAGAAGGUAGUUCACAGAUUUUAUGGUAACCCAAAGAUUACUGCCUUAAUGAAGUUUCUAAUAUUCGGGGAAACUGUGAUGUUCGAGCGGGAUAUGAAUUUGUGGAAUCAUAAGAUGUAUCGCAGCAACCCACUGCUCGUAGCGGAGGAGUCACCCCUAAAAAAAUUUCGAAAAUGGUAUUCUCAGUUCUACUCGGACAACAGCAAAUCUUUUCAGUCUGCAAAUAGCCAAGAUUGGUAGACGUCGAGCUGCUAUAAGGAAUGAGCUUUGUAUGUAAUUCACAUUAUUAUUAUAGAAAGCUCGAUUGACAAACCCUAUAACUAUAAAUCAUUAAUCAAGUAACAACGUAUCAGUUCUAUAUGUCUUCCUCAGUUUUGGAGCUUACUCACCACAUUU